ACCACCCCAGACCAUUUACUCUGCACCUUCUAAGUGGGAAGCACUGGGCCAGAUGCUAUACAAAUAGCAUUUCUAAUCUUUUUCUCUUUGCUGCAUGGUAGGUAUUGUUAUGCUCAGAUGAGAAAAAGAGGCUAAGAGAGGUUGAAUAUUUUGCCUCACAUCAGUUAGUGUGGAGUUCAGCUGGGACUGGAAACUGGAUCCACCUGAUGGUCGAAGUCUGUGCAAUUUCCAUUAGGUAACAGUCAACACCAGGUACCGGAGGAGGCUGUGUGAAGCGGCGGGAGGACAGCUCGGGCACUGGCAGGGGCGGGGACGUCACGCGGUGGGACUCCGGGUUACCGGUCGCCACCCACCCACAACGACGAAGGAAGUAAUGGCCGCGAGAGGACAGCCACCGUGCAGGGUCCUCAGGCUCCGCGGGCCUCAGACUCCGUGACAUCAAUUCUGCCCGCCUGGUAAACGCCAGUUCGUGGCGGUGAGAACACAUUGACCUGCGAGGAGCCUCUCCCCGGAAAAAGAAGAACCUUCUAUUGGUUUUGUUCCAGAUCAGACUGGGCCUCAGUUGUCAAAGAUGGUGCUGGUGGUGUGUCCAACACAGGAGCCAAAUUGUUCCUAGAUCAGAAUGAUGACAGUAGAUCUGAAGGUUGCAGACCAUGAGCUGGGAAAGGAGGCAGUGCCCUUGGGAGAGACAGCAGAGGCCCGAGGCUUCAAGCUGAAGCCAGCAGAGGCCCAGCAAGUGGGCAUGUCCCAGGAUGAAGAAUUUUGGAAUACACACCAGAGUCUACAAGAGCUGCUGAUCAGGAAUACCCACAAAGAAACUGAGCCUGUAUGUGAGAGGGCGGUGCCUGCUCACCGGAUCCUAGCCUUUCCUGAACAGACAAACACCAAAGACUGGCCAGUGGCACCUGAGCUCAUCUUGCCUGAGUCCCAGAGCUUGUUGACAUUUGAAGAAGUGGCCAUAUAUUUUUCCCAGGAAGAAUGGGAGUUACUGGAUCCUACUCAGAAGGCCCUCUACAAUGAUGUAAUGCAAGAAAACUAUGAGACUGUCAUCUCUCUAGCAUUAUUUGUGCUCCCCAAAACUAAAGUGAUCUGCUGCUUAGAGCAAGGGGAAGAGCCAUGGGUUCAAAGAUCCCCAAUAUUCAAAGACAGUCCCGGAGAGCUGUUUUCAGAGAUAAAGAUGAAAAAUGACACUGAAAAUCAUCAACCUAUAUGUUUUUCUGACUUAGAAAUACAAGCACCAGGAGACAUAGUAUCAAAAAAAGCCAGUGUGAAUGUUCAUCAGAAAACAAUGGGCAAAGAAAAUCAUGGUGAUAUGCAUAGGGUGGGGAAAUGGCACCAAGAUUUUCCAGUGAAGGAAGGAAUUAAAUUUUCAAACUGGUGGGAAGAAGAGCUGCUGAAACUUAUCGAGCUUCACGAGAAAGAACGUGCAGGAGAGAAGCCUUUUAAAUGUCAGGAAUGUGGGAAAAGCUUCAGAGUUAGUUCUGACCUUAUUAAGCACCAAAGAAUUCACACUGAAGAGAAACCAUAUAAAUGUGAACAGUGUGAUAAGAGGUUUAGAUGGAGGUCAGAUCUCAAUAAGCACUUAACAACACACCAAGGAGUAAAGCCAUAUAAAUGCUCAUGGUGUGGGAAAAGCUUCAGUCAAAAUUCACAUCUCCACACACACCAAAGAACUCACACUGGAGAGAAGCCCUUUACAUGUCAUCAAUGUGGAAAAAAAUUCAGUCAAAAUUCCCACCUUAUUAAACACCGGAGAACCCACCUGUAGCACAUGCAGGAGAAUCUUCAAUAAGUGCUCAAGACUUUGACACCAGUGAAGGAAAGCUUGUUCAGUGUCCUCAGCCUACAGACAUAUACCAAGCGGCACUUGACCCUAAAGUUUAUGAAAAAAUGCAAAAUUAAGAAGCAUGAAGAAUUUUUCACCAGUGGAAAAUUUGGAGAUGUAAACACCACGUUUCACAGAAAGAAAUCAGGGUUGACUGUGGAGGGGAAACGUUAAUCGUUGUACUACUUACUGUUUUUACUUAGAACUUUUACUGAAUUCCUUAGCAAAAAUAGUGUUCUAAGAAUAUUCUGAGUAAAGGAAAAAGCUGCUUUGGGAUUGUACCUGGCAAAAUAGCAAGAUCAGCUUCAAAAUAGCAGAUGCAGUCAUGAAUCAUCAGUCUUCUGUGGUCACAGAAUGACCUCCCCAGCCACUCUUAAGCACAUAUGAUAGAAACAUUUGUAGCAUGGUCUUCCAAAACAGAAAGCAGUAAUAUACAUGUUUCAUUGCAUACCAUUGUCUUCCAGUUAGCAGACUUACGAAUUUCAGUAGUCUCAUGAGGUAGAAAUGAAUUCUAAUAUAAAGUUUUCCAAGAACCAAAUUGGAUUUUCUUACUCUGUUUUGUCAUUGGACAGUGUUCACAAAGUUGACCUGGUUCUGAGUUUCUUCUUGAACAUUUUAGCAACUAUAUCUCUUUAGUCCUGUUAGCACAGUUUUUACUGUGAUGAAAUCAUUUACUUCACUGUUAGAGAAUCUGCCAGGUGAACUAAUAAUGCACUAUCAUUGCCUCUCAUUUGUGGUGUUGGAAAAAAGAAUAUCUAAUGAGAUCAUGUGGACAUGGGUUGGAAUUUUUAGCCAUUUGGUAUGUUUUAGAUGAAAAGAAGAAUUUUCUGCAAUUAACUGGACUCCUUACCUCACAAUGCCGAUAGGAUAAAACAGCCAUAAACAUGAGCACUUUUCUGAAGCUCAUGGAAAUUAAUGGGAAUUCAGGAUCAACUUCUUAGGUUUUUGUCUGUUUGUAUUUUAACUUGGCUUUUGUUUGUUACUAAGAACAACAAGAAAGUUAUGUUUGUCUGGGAA